UCCCAUUUGACUAUACUUCGAUCAUACAACAGUUCAAUCCCUUCUCUCUCUCUCUCUCUCUCUCUCUCUCUCUCUCUCAAAUGGAAGACAAUAAUGAAGAAUGCAUCACUGGGUUAUGUUUGGGAAUUGGAAUGGGAGGGCAUGUUCCAAAGAAGAAUAAGCAGAAAGAGAACAAGGCUGUGGCUUGCCUAGACCUAGCGUUUGAGCUUUGUCCAAAAGGAGAAGAAGCCAUUAACGUGAAUCUUCAUCAUCAUCAUCAUGAGAAGGUAGAAAGAAUCAGCUUGGAGAGAAUCCACGAGUACCCCAAUGAAAAGAGCACUGAUUCUGAUAACAGCAACAACAACAACAGAUGCAGAAAGAAACUGCGGCUUUCCAAGGAGCAAUCAUCCAUGCUUGAGAACAGCUUCAAACAGCAUAGCACUCUUAAUCCGGUCCAGAAACAAGCACUAGCUGAUCAAUUGAAUUUAAAGACUAGACAAGUUGAAGUUUGGUUUCAGAACAGAAGAGCAAGGACCAAACUGAAGCAGACAGAAGUGGACCACGAGUUGUUGAAAAAACACUGUCAAAAUCUAAGUGAUGAGAACAAAAGAUUGAAGAAGGAAUUGCAGGAACUACGUGCACUUAAGGUUGGACCGUCGCCACUAUGCAUUCAACUAUCCAAAACGGCGACUCUGACAACUAUGUGUUCUUCCUGCGAUCGAGAAUUAAAACUAGUAAAUUAAGCUCGAUACAAUGAAGGAAAGAACAACAUAGAGUUAGAGGGUAGAAAUUGAUACAAUAUGAUUAGAUGAAAGAUAUUAUUGGAAUAUCAAGCACCGGUUACAAUACGUAACUCAAAAACUUUCUGAUUAUAAUUAGAAGGAAAAACAGUACAUAUUAUUGUAUUCCUCCGGUCCCCACAUCACAAACAUAUAGAAAACUGGGGCGGCUUAGAUACGUAUCGUUAGUAAUUAGAUGUCUCUUAUUUCUUCAAUUUAUACUAAUUAAUCAAAAUUAGCUUGCCAUUGUUUAUAGCUAGGUUUUUGUGAUUUUUCCCUUCAAA